AGGGAUCCCCUGAUGAUGCAUGUUAACCGGAAGCUCAUCUUCAUCUCUUUUCUGUUAUUGUUUUUUCUCUCUCUUUCAUUCUUUCUUCCUUCUUCACAAAAACAAAAAAAAAAAAGGAAAAAUUGAUCGAUCGAUCGAUCGAUACUUGCACUUAGUGGAGAUUAGAUUAAUUGAUUAUUCGUUGGUGUGUUGCUGUUAUGGACAAGAAGGAGAAGGCUAGGGAAAAGAGGGAAAAGAGGCGCCAAGAGAUUUCUCUCCUUCGCACAAUUCCAUAUUCUGAUCACCAAAGAUGGUGGACGGAUGAAACUAUUGUGGUGGUGACCGGUGCGAACAGGGGAAUUGGAUUUGAGAUCGUUCACCAACUCGCAUUGCAUGGAGUGACAGUCAUUCUAACAUCACGAGAACCAGCUGUUGGUGAAGAAGCAGCAAAGGUUUUGCAAGAAGGAGGUUUGAAUGUGGUGUUUCGGCAACUCGACAUUGUCGAUCAGUCUUCUAUUGAAUCCUUUGCUGCCUGGAUCAAAGAAACAUAUGGGGGGCUCGAUAUAUUGGUAAACAAUGCCGGAGUAAAUUUCAACGCCGGAUCGGACAAUUCUGUGGAAUUCGCAGAGAAAGUUAUGGCGACAAACUACUUUGGGACCAAAAAUAUGAUCAAGGCAAUGGUCCCUCUUAUGAGACCUUCGGACGCCGGUUCUCGUAUUGUUAAUGUCAGUUCCAAAUUGGGAAGAGUGAAUGGAAAGAAACACCGACUCGAAAACGAUGAGCUGAAAAAGAAGUUGCAAGAUGUGGAGUCGGUAUCGGAAGAAUUGAUCGAUGAAAUGGUGAACACAUUCUUGGAACAAGUUAAAGAUGGUAGUUGGAAAGAGGGAGGAUGGCCUCCGGUUUUCACCGACUAUUCGCUAUCAAAAUUGGCGGUGAAUGCGUACACGAGGGUGAUGGCGAAGGAAUUUGGGGAGCGACCGGAAGGACAUAAGAUAUACAUCAACUGCUAUUGUCCCGGGUGGGUGAAGACGGCCAUGACAGGGUGGGCGGGGCACGUGACCCCCGAGGAGGGUGCCGACACCGCCGUUUGGCUCGCCUUGCUUCCCGACCAAUUCAUCAGUGGAAAGUUCUUCUCCGAGAGGCGGGAAAUUCCCUUCUAAAGGUGCAAUUUAAUCUAUUUGCUCAUAUGGACUUUUCCAAGGUAGAAGUUUUUGGUUACAUUUCGUUGCUUACCCGCAUAUUAGCUAGGGAUAGGAAAAAAUAUCAAAAUAUCGAGCAUACGGUAUCGAAAAAAAGAAGUGGAUCCCCCGUUAAUUGAAUCAAUGCUGAUUUUAUCCGAUUAGCGUAUAUAAUAAAAGUAAACAAUGUAUCAUAUCAACUGUAGAAGCAUGCAUUGUCUAUCUUCUUAUAAAUACUGAUUGACUCAAAUCAUUAUCAUGCUGGUUUAAUUCAACCGCAGGGAAA